CUCUCUCUCUCCGGAUUCGUUGCGACGUCGAUCGAAUUGCAUCCUCCGACGCUGAGGGGGGGAGGCGCGAUGGGGGAAACGGCGACGCCGGACGAUGAUUUGCUGCUCAAGACCUUCUUCGCGGAGGUCAGCGAAGUCGAAAGGGACAACGAGGUCGCCAGGAUCCUUUCAUGCUUCAAGUUGAAUCCAUUUGAGUAUCUCAAUCUACCCUUUAACUCAUCACCCGAGGACGUGAAAAAGCAGUAUCGUAAGUUAUCUUUGCUGGUUCACCCUGAUAAGUGCAAACAUCCACAAGCGAAGGAGGCAUUUGGAGCUUUAGCCAAAGCCCAGCAACUAUUACUUGAUCAACAGGAAAGAGACUAUAUUCUUUCUCAAGUCACGGCUGCUAAAGAAGAACUUAGAGCAAAAAGGAAGAAACAGUUGAAGAAAGAUACAGCUUCUAAGAUUAAAUCUUUGGUUGAUGAGGGAAAAUAUGAGCAGAUUCAUGAACAAUCAGAGGAGUUUCAGCAAGAACUGAAAUUGAAGGUUCGAGAGAUACUAACAGAACAAGAAUGGAGGCGAAGGAAAAUGCAGAUGAGGAUAUCAGAAGAGGAAGGUAGAUUGAAGAAGGAUGAAGAGGAACAGAAAGAGAUGUGGAAAAGAAAGCGGGAGCAUGAGGAACAGUGGGAAGGAACAAGAGAACAACGGGUUUCAAGCUGGAGGGAUUUCAUGAAGUCUGGAAAGAAGGUUAAGAAAGGAGAAACUAGACCUCCGAAGCUCAAGACGGAGGACCCUAAUAAAUCUUAUGUCCAGAGGCCUGUGAAGCGGGGCUGACCGACGUCAUCAACUUCAGUAACUUGGAUCUUUCGAACCCUAAAUGAAUUUCCCAGAAGAUUGUUCGUACUAAAGGAGAUAUGGGGCUUCCUCUAGCUCCCCUCGGGAGAGGGGCUUGUAUGUGGGGUUGGUGCAUGUACUUGGUGUUGAUUGAAGAGGUUCCCUGUGGCUUUGUCUUAAAACGAAUGAAUCUUUUGGUAUGUUUAUAACCAUUUAAGUGAAGUCCUUGAGGAGUA